UGCAUAUUAAUGAUAUUUCUUUGCAUCAGACAUGUGGGGAUGUUAAUAUUUUCCCAACCAUAUGUUGUCUUUAUUCUUAAAAUAUGUUUAGAGCUUUGUUCCAAUACUUUUAGCGAUCAAAUAAGACGGAUCAAUACCUUAGCUGUGUCCAGUACUACGUCAUUGGAUUCUCCAGGGCUACUCCAGAGAUGUAGAAACCCAGCUGAAAAUCCAUAGGAUAAUCGCACCAGGUUUCCAGGUUUGUAGCAAUGCUUUAUACACCAGACAUUACAUCAGGUGUGUCUUUAACAUACUUUGGAUCCACCUGGAACGAAAUCAGGUAUUUGUGAGUCGUUAACGUAAAGCGUGCAUGCAACUUUAUUUCCUAAAUACUAGCUGUGAAUAGCGUUAACUGGCGGCGACCAUGUAACACAGAGGAAAAGUGGAAAUUAGUACAUGCUCUGUAGUUGAAUGUGGUGAUUGUGGUCUAUGUAGUUAUGUCUUAAUCCAAUAUUUUAGCCGAUUUCCAGUUUAAGGUCAAACCGGAUGAACGGAGCUUAUAGUUCCUGUAUACUUGACGCAUUAGUUCCAGAUAUUAAUGACAUCAAAUGCAAAGGAGAUCAGCAUUAAUUAAGCAAGGUUUGUGCUUUCAGCUAUUUCCUUUACAUCUUAUCAAUCCCCCUCCCCUCCUCAUCUCGGUGUUUUGCUCGUGCUUUGUCCUACAUUUCUGGCACUGGAUUUUGUUGAUAAUUCAGUGAGACUAGUGAUGAUGCAACUGUAGAACCUCUUGGCAUUGGCCUUUCCAAAAGUGAGAUGUGCUGCUGUCAUUUUCAAAGCACGCCUCCUACAUAGACCCUUCUUAAAGGCACAGUGUGUAAAUCUGAAGGGGUUGUGUAGAUAGACAUGUUUCAGGACACCGCUUGUUGACUCGACGCUUAAAUACAUCUGCAUCUGUCUUAUAUUUUUCACAGAGAGAAUGCAAUGGAAGGAUUUAAAUAAAACCGCACUUCUAAGCGCGGCCGCUUGAUGAAGCUCUGCUGCGGCUGUGAAUCCAGUUGCUCUGAAAGAUGAAGGAAGAACUCCAGUGAGUUUGCAGAGUUUGCAUAUGAAUGCAUGUGUGUGGACCUCUGAGAGGCACGAUGCCCAUGAAGACGAAAGUCUUUGCCUUGGUCUCAGGAGGAUACGUCUUUCACACUCUCGUCUCUGGAAAAUGUGUCUUCUCUGUUUUUACAGACUCGUGCCAAGAUGAUGAUAAUGGUACUUGGAAGGCGGCUGCAUUUGGUUCCUGUGACUGGAGUUGAAUUAAAUGCAUAAUGGCGAAAAAAAGUGAUAUGAAUCUGUGCACAUGAAUAAGAAUAAUCCUGGCAUUUGAUGUCUGAUGAAUUCAACAAUAAAAAAAAAAACUGGAUAACUUUUGAGUCUGCUAUCAAUGUUUGAAUGCAUCAAGUGAUUAAUACAGAUAAGCUAGAAAUGAGCAACAUUUACCAAGCUUUAAACCUAUUAUUACAGUAUGAAUGAUUCACUUUAAUAAAGCUGAUAAGUGCCACAGAAUCAUGAGAGUGAUGUAGCUGCGCUCUGAAGAGUCACCUUGGAGAUAAUGGAACGAUUGUGUCACUGUUGCUAGGCGACGCGAUGAUGAUGAUGGAGGACCGUUACGACGUUCUCGGGUGUAAAAGUCGCUGAGCCCAGCGAUAGCCGCGAGCUGCUAACCAGUCGGGUCAACAAACCCGUCCAUCUCACGAGAGCACGAAACACCCCGAUGAAAACGUUCAGCGUUCGACUUGAGGCUUUAAACGAACUCGAGCGUCAAUAAACGGAAUACCUGAGACUCACAAAACCUGCUGAAAGUGAUGUAGCAAGCUAACUUUAGCCAGCUGCCUAGCGCGAUACUGCUCAAACAUGGACUGUGAAGGGUUUGGAGUCCCUUGUCCUCUGCCCAGUUUGGAUUCUCAGGAAGAUGCCAAAGACCCAGGGCUGCACUCCUUCAGUCACACACACAUGAGGAAAGCCUUUCGGCUCAUGAAUGACUUGAGAAGUCGGAGGAUGCUUUGUGACGUUCUGCUGGUGGCGGGUGAAGUGGAGGUACCGGCACACAGAGUAGUUUUAGCGUCCUGCAGUCCUUACUUCUGCGCCAUGUUCACAGGUGACAUGAGUGAAAGCAAGGCUCAUCAUGUGGAGAUCAGGGAUGUUGAUGGACAGACGCUCUUGAAGCUGGUGGAUUAUAUUUACACCGCUGAGAUCGAAGUGUCUGAGGAUAAUGUUCAGGUGUUGCUCCCAGCUGCCAGCCUGCUGCAGCUGAUGGAUGUCCGACAGGUUUGCUGCGACUUCCUGCAGACGCAGCUUCAUCCCACCAACUGCCUGGGCAUCCGAGCGUUCGCUGACCUUCACGCCUGCACAGGACUGCUCAGCCAGGCCCACGCUUACGCCGAGCAGCACUUUACAGACGUGAUGGUGGGUGAGGAGUUCGUGGCCCUCUCCUUACAGCAGGUGUGCAGUCUGAUCUCCAGUGACAAACUCACCGUGUCCACUGAAGAGAAGGUGUUUGAGGCCAUGAUCGCCUGGAUAAAGCACGAUAAAGAGGCCCGUCUGGAGCACAUGCCUAAGCUCAUGGAACAUGUUCGACUGCCCCUGCUAUCCAGAGAUUACCUGGUUCAGAUUGUAGAGGAGGACCCCUUAAUAAAAAACAACAACACUUGUAAGGACUUCCUCAUCGAGGCGAUGAAGUACCACCUUUUACCUGCAGACCAGCGCCACCUUAUAAAGACUGACAGAACCAGACCACGCACACCAAUCAGUUUGCCGAAGGUGAUGAUGGUCGUAGGGGGUCAGGCUCCUAAAGCUAUCCGCAGCGUGGAGUGCUAUGACUUUCAAGAGGACCGCUGGUACCAGGUGGCAGACUUACCCUCCAGACGCUGUCGAGCAGGUGUGGUGUACAUGGCCGGUAAGGUGUAUGCGGUGGGGGGAUUUAACGGCUCGCUGCGCGUGCGGACGGUGGAUGUGUAUGAUGGGCUGAAGGAUCAGUGGAGCUCCGUUCCCAGCAUGCAAGAGCGCCGCAGCACUUUAGGAGCAGCUGUACUGGGGGACCUGCUGUACGCUGUCGGGGGCUUUGAUGGGAGUACAGGUCUGUCGUCAGUGGAGGUGUACAGCCCCAAGGCUGAUGAGUGGAUGUUUGUGGCUCCCAUGAACACCAGGCGCAGCAGUGUUGGGGUGGGCGUGGUGGACGGAAAGCUUUACGCUGUCGGAGGUUAUGACGGAGCGUCCCGGCAGUGUUUGAGUACUGUAGAGGAGUAUAACCCGGUCAGUAAUAAGUGGUGCUAUGUGACGGACAUGAGCACUAGACGCAGUGGAGCUGGUGUCGGAGUGCUCAGUGGACAGCUGUAUGCUGCAGGUGGACAUGACGGUCCUCUGGUGAGGAAGAGUGUGGAGGUCUAUGAUCCUGCCACUAAUACCUGGAGACAGGUGUGUGACAUGAACAUGUGCCGAAGGAACGCAGGAGUGUGUGCCAUAAAUGGUUUGCUGUAUGUGAUUGGAGGAGACGACGGCUCGUGCAACCUGUCCUCUGUGGAGUACUACGACCCUGCUGCCGAUAAAUGGAGUCUCAUCCCCACCAACAUGAGCAACGGACGCAGCUACGCAGGGGUGUCAGUUAUUGACAAGACAUUAUGACUAAAGGUUCAGGGCAGCAGGUCUCUUCGCACCUGCCGAGGACUGAGCUGUGACAGACACACAGUGAUUUAAGACCGGUGUUAGAAACUCUUCAUCUCUAAUCCUGACUGUCACACACACACACACACACCUCAAGCCCUGACCUCUCCCAGUCUCCAGAAAGUGCCAUUUAGCCCUGUUAUAAACAGAGAGGCUGUGUGGUCGCCCAGUAUAGUGUGUUUUAAAUGAGACCUGUGCAGAUCUGGGUGCAGGUGAAGAUUGUGCCAACUACUGACGGACAACGCUCCGAACAAACACUCGCAUCGCAGGAGCAGUCAAUAAGAUAUAAAAACUGUUUCCACGAUCUAACACUAAUGCAUAUUACACCUGUCCUUCAGUUGGUUCGGUUACAGGGUUACUUUAUGUUUUUAUGAAAAGUAUUAUGGGAGCACCACCGUAAGUUGUUUUAACCAGCUGCUUUCGUGCCAUAUAGUAAUGAGGAUGGUAAACUGCAAAUAAAUCUCACAGGGCGAAGGUAUGGUCACAGUAGCUGAACCUCACUUUCAAAACAAGCAGCUUUCUAUAGAAUCCAUUGAGAAAUCUGUGAGACAUGGAUCUGUGUGUGCAUGGAUUUCUAUAGAAAGGACAACAGUAAACAGUAAAUGUGACCGUACCAGUUAAAGUGCCAAAUGUAACUCAUAAUUCAUAUGGAUAAUACUGUAUGUUACUUACUUGUACAUAAGCACUUUUCAUGAUGCAGUUUGGUGUGCAAUCGUCCAUGUUGGACACAGAGUCUUUCUUUAAUCAUGAUAACUCUCUCUGAAACAGCACUGGUUUGGUGUCUCUUUGGUAAAUUGCACUGUACAUCUUAUUCAUUAGAGCUGGUACUGUCACAGGUCAAUUCCAAUAUAGCACGGGUUCAUAUUUAACCUCUUCUCUCCUGACUGAGUCGUUUGGAUCUGUGGUGCAACAGAACUGGACUUUGGAAGACUCUUAUUUUAUUUUAUUUUAAAUAUUAAGCCUUCUUAAGGAUCUUUUUCCUCGUUACUGGGUUAUAGGCUCUGUAAAGCUGCACAGUAGUUCACUGUAGACGCUCAUGUUUACAUUACUGAUCAUUGUGAAAUGAAAACUAAGUUUGUUGGUAAUGAAUAUGAAUUAUUAACAAAACACUGCCAACAUUCCCAGCUCACAUAUUCUCACGAUGACCAGCUUUGUUAUUUAGAUAUGUACCGGUCUGAAAGCAAUACUAUGCAGUAAAACAUCGCUUUUAAGGUUUUUGUUGUUCUCAGUGAUUCAGAGUUUAAUUUGAGCUACGCCUGCUCUAACUGCUGCCAUUACAUUUGAUGUCUUUACACAUCAUCAUAAUUCAUAACUCUAAAACUAUGACAUUCCAGUGUGCUGCAUCAUCUGUGGAUUAUGCACGAAUGUGGAUUAAUGUAUUUCUAAACAAAAUAUAUUAAUAAAUUAAAGCUUUGUCUAAGUUGG